AUUCCCGCCAAACAUUCCAAAAACCCAAAUUUCCCAUUUUUUGGUCGAUUUCCUUAAACCCUAGUACCCUACCCUCCAACCUAACGCACAGCCACUCACACUCAAACCUCAAAAACCCACACCUCCGCAUAAACCCUAGCCACCUCUCGCCCACCGCUACCAAGUCUAUGGACCCAAACGCCGUGAAAACGGAGCUGGUCCUGAUUCUCGACUAUGGCUCCCAAUACACCCACCUCAUCACCCGCCGGAUUCGAUCCCUCUCCGUUUUCUCCCUCUGCGUCUCCGGCACAAGCCCUCUCAAAUCCAUCACCGACCUCAACCCCCGCGUCGUAAUUCUCUCCGGCGGGCCCCACUCCGUCCACACCCCGGACUCCCCCAGCUUCCCGGCCGGAUUCACCGAGUGGGCCCAGGCCAACGGCGUGUUCGUGCUCGGCGUCUGCUACGGGCUUCAGUUGAUUGUGCAGAGGCUCGGUGGAGUGGUUAAGGUUGGGGAGAAGCAGGAGUAUGGAAGGAUGGAGGUUGAGGUGGAGAGAAACACCGGGAUUUUCGGGUCCAAGAAGGUUGAGGAUAAGCAGUUGGUUUGGAUGAGCCACGGUGAUGAGGUGGUGAAACUGCCGGAAGGGUUUGAGGUCGUGGCGCGAAGCCAGCAGGGAUCGGUGGCUGCAAUUGAGAGUCCGGCCAGGAGGUUCUAUGGGUUGCAGUACCACCCGGAGGUGACUCAUUCGCCAGAAGGGAUGGAGACGCUUCGAUACUUUUUAUUUGAUAUUUGUAAAGUCAGUGCAGGAUGGAGUAUGGAAAAUGUACUGGAUGAAGAAAUAAAAGUGAUUAAAAGCACGGUUGGGGCUGAAGAUCAUGUCAUAUGUGCAUUAUCAGGAGGUGUCGAUUCCACAGUUGCCGCAACUCUUGUUCAUAAGGCAAUUGGCGAUAGGCUUCAUUGUAUCUUCGUUGACAAUGGUUUAUUGAGAUUUAAGGAGAGAGAACGUGUGAUGGAAACCUUUGAAAAAGAUCUUCAUUUGCCUGUUACUUGUGUGGAUGCCACAGAACAAUUUCUUAGUAAGCUUAAAGGUGUUGUUGAUCCUGAGACAAAAAGGAAAAUAAUUGGAAGGGAGUUCAUUUGCAUUUUUGAUGCUUUUGCACAUGAUUUGGAGCAAAAAUUAGGGAGGAAACCUACUUACUUGGUCCAAGGGACCCUGUAUCCAGAUGUGAUUGAAUCUUGCCCGCCACCUGGAAGUGGAAGGACUCACUCUCACACCAUCAAGAGCCAUCACAAUGUUGGAGGGCUUCCCAAAGACAUGAAACUGAAGCUCAUUGAGCCUCUUAAACUUCUAUUCAAGGAUGAGGUUCGCGAAUUAGGGAGGAUCUUAGAUGUUCCUCAGGGAUUUCUCAAGCGCCAUCCAUUUCCUGGCCCUGGCCUUGCAGUACGAGUCUUGGGUGAUGUAACACAAGGCAAUGCAUUGGAUAUCCUCCGCCUGGUUGAUGAGAUAUUCAUACAAUCAAUCAAAGAUGCUGGGUUGUACGAUACAAUCUGGCAAGCAUUUGCGGUCUUUUUGCCUGUAAGAUCCGUUGGGGUUCAGGGCGAUCAAAGAACACAUUCUCACGUUGUUGCCCUCAGAGCUGUAACAAGUCAAGAUGGGAUGACAGCUGACUGGUACUAUUUUGAACAUAAGUUCCUUGAUGAUGUGUCCCGAAAGAUUUGCAAUAGUGUUCGAGGUGUAAACAGAGUGGUUCAAGACAUUACGUCAAAGCCCCCAUCAACAAUUGAGUGGGAAUGAUGCCUCGUCCGUUCGAUGCUUCAGGACUUGCACUUGUGGCAAAGUUAACUAGUCUUCACAAAGCUAUGAUUUUUUUGGAUGGGGUUUUGAAUGGUAAUUCCAUGAACAUUAUGCGAACAUCAUGAUUGUAAGUUGUAUUCUAUGUUUGUUUUUAGGGAUGGCCAUAGGAAUCUUGUUCAAUGGGUCAAGUAAUUUUCUGUCGGGAAAUUAACAGAAGGGAUUAUGUGAAACAAUUUAAAACCUUAAAAGGAUGAUAGUUAAUUUUUGGAA